AUGACAGCCCUGUGGGUGGCUCCGCUGUUGUCCUCUGCGGUGGCUGUCGACCUCAGUAACUUAGCCGCGCAUCCCCGUCUUAUGAUGACACCCGAUCGAGUGUCCGACGUUCUGAAGAUGAACCAAACCGAUAGCUAUUAUCGAGAGAUUCUGCGAGGACUCAAAGCUAGCGCCGACUCAAGCAUCAAGACGCCGAUAACACUGUCUUCAGCAACGUCAUGGUCAAGCAAUAUUAGACUCGAGAUUGCAACUGUCUCGGGGAUGUAUCUUUUGACGAAUGACACAGAAUAUGCGGAUUAUGUUAUUGAAGGCAUCCUGCUACUGUCUAAUCUUUCCGACUGGGACCCUUCCAACUUUUUGUAUACAGCCGAUAUAUGCAUGACGAUUGCGAUUGGAUAUGACUGGGUAUAUGACCGAAUGUCGGAGGCACAGUUAGAAAUCGUCGAAAAGGCACUCAUGGAGAAAGGGAUGGUGGCCUCUAUGAACACUUCUCUCAGCACUUGGGGCUCACACACCAACAAUUGGGCUCAAGUCUGCCCCACAGGGCUGAUAAUGGCCAGUCUAGCCAUUGGGGAUAAGUACGAGGCUUUGGCAGAAGAAGUCAUUGAAUACUCGUUCGAGAGGUUGAAGGUUUCUUUGGAAGGCUAUGCUCCAGAUGGUGGCUGGUAUGAGGGUUACAAUUAUGGAACAUACGCCAAUAUGUUCCUUGCUAUGUUGACAUUAUCUUUGAGCACCUCUUUAAAUGAUGACUUGGGGAUUUCCGCUCUUCCAGGAAUCAGCGACAUUGGCUCAUGGUUGACCUAUGGUUACGGUCAAGUGGGAGGCUUUAGCUGGGGAGAUGGUGCCUGGAUAUUCACUAAUGCGAAUGUCCUUUGGUGCACUGGCUACUGGGCAAGACUGUUUGGCAAGCCUGCGUGGUUACAGGGGAUGCUAUCCCAUUUCACUGUGCCAGAAGUUGUCAACUACCAGGCCUACUUCUUUUAUGAUUCUGCUGAUACGAGUACUGACAGCCUCGCAGAACUCUCCCUAGGCUAUCAAUGGGAGAACGUUGCUGGUGUGACUUACCGUGAAUCAUGGUCCGAUAAUACGACUUGGUUCUUUGGUUUGAUGGGCGGAUUUAAUGGCCGCUCUCACGGCCAUUUGGACGCUGGGUCUUUUGUGGUAGAUUUCAAGCAGUACCGAUGGGCUGAACUACUGGGAUCCGAUAGUUACUCACUGUCUGGGUACUUCACUGGAGCCCAGCGCUGGUCAUACUAUCGUUGCCGAACCGAAGGGGCGAACACUCUGAGCAUUUCAACUGAAGACCAAGUCCCGCUUCAACUGGCCAACCAGAUUCCUUCUUCGAAUAACUCACUACUCCGGGCUGGAAGCUUUGGGAAUUCCACUUAUUUCGGUGUCGUCAAUCUCACAGAAGCAUACCAAAACGUGACAACAAGUGUUAUGCGUGGAGUUGCCUUGCUCUCUGAUUCACAGUUCCUGGUCCGCGAUGAGAUAAGAUCUAGUUGGGCAGUUGACAUUGUGGCAAAUUGGCACACAACAGCCGAUGUGGUCAUUUCUACCGACACGAGGACGGCAUCUUUGACACAAGGCGAUGUCACCAUGAUAGCUACAGUCCUGUCACCCGAUGACGCCUUUUUCGUGCUGAUUAGCACAAAUCCCUGUUCUGCCUACAGUGGCUGUAAAGAAAUGACCAAUGAUGGCAUCUAUAAUCUCGCGGUGCGUCUUUCGGAUAAGACGACGGCAGCCAAUAUCUCGGUCAGUCUCACAGAGACUGGACACUCAGUUCAGUCGUUUGACGUGCCACUCUCCUCAUGGUCCUCGCUGUGUGUUGAGGACUGCUCGCAACUUGACAAUAUUGGAAAUCCUUCCUGGCUGGAGAAUGCGGAAGAAUACUUUUGA